AUGCGUAUGUACAUAUGUAUGUGUGUGUGCAUCCAUGCUUUCAUAAUUUUCUGUAUUAUUCCCUUCUUUCUUUCUCUCUUUUUCUCUUUCUUUCUCUCUUUUUCUCUUUCUUUCUUUUUGAAAAUCUUCACUUCUUUUUUCAUUAGUUCUUACAUUUAUUUAUUCUUACCUUUCAGUACAUUCUUUCUUUCUUUCUUUCUUUCUUUUCAAUUACAUUACCUUCUUUCUUUUUUAUUUAGAAAUUUCUUUCUUCUUUCUUUCCAAUCAUAUUCUCUCUUUCUUUAUUUUUCUCACGCACAUUCUUUAUUUUCUAAAACAUUUCCUUCUUUAUUUCUUUCUUUCUUUAUUUUCAAUCAUAUUCUUUCUCUCCUUCCUUCCUUUUUUCUGUCUCACAUUCUUUAUUUUCAAAAACACUUCCUUCUUUUUUCUUUUCAACCAUAUUCCUCUAUUUCAUUCCUUCUUUCUUUCUUUCUUUCUUUCUUUCUUUCUUUCUUUCUUUUCAAUCAGUUUCUUUUUUUCUGCUCUCUUUUUAAUCAUAUUCCUUUUUCUCUUUCCUUCUUUUUUAUCUUUCUCUCUCACAUUCCUUCGUUCUUUCUUCCCCCCUCACAGUAUAAAUAUCUCUUUUUCUCUCACUCUCUCUACAAGAAAAUUGCUUCCCCUUCAUUACAUUUCCUUCUCCUUCCACUACUUUAUAUCAUUAUCAGUUUAUUUAAAUGUUCUUUCUUUCUUACAUUAAUCCCUUUCUUUCUCUUUUUAGUUAUCUCUCUUUCUCCCCAACUGGCUUUUUGUUCUUCUUUUAAUUUAUUGUCUCUCCUUAUCUUUUUUUCUAUUAUUUUCUCUAUUGUUCUGGAGACAAAAGUUUCUUCUAGAAGUGCUGGACAUACCAGUUGUGCCCCUUUUGGUUGA